AUGAACCUGAGUACACACCAUCACCUUACUAUGAAACACUUCGACCACAGCCCGCUGCCGGCAUACAGCGUGGAGAACAUCACUCAGAAUAUCUCUGUAGUUGACCACAACAAUACUACGGAGUGCGCCAACAUUAUGAUACCCCAGGAACUGUUCUUGACACUGGGCUUGGUGAGCUUGGUGGAGAACAUCCUGGUCGUCCUUGCCAUCAUCAAAAACAGGAACUUACAUUCUCCAAUGUACUACUUCAUCUGCUGCCUUGCCGUCUCAGACAUGCUUGUUAGUGUCAGCAACGUGGUGGAGACUGUGUUCAUGCUGCUCAACGACAAUGGACUGCUCACGAUGAAGCCAAGCAUGAUGAAACACCUGGACAAUAUUAUAGACAUCAUGAUUUGCAGUUCAGUGGUGUCCUCCCUGUCUUUUCUCAGCACUAUCGCCGCUGACCGUUACAUCACCAUAUUUUACGCGCUGCGCUACCACAGCAUCAUGACGACCCAGCGCGCAAUCGCCAUCAUUGUCAUCGUGUGGUCGGCUAGCAUCACAGCCAGCACUUUCUUUAUUUUCUACUACACCAACAACGCGGUCAUAAUCUGCCUGGUCACUUUCUUCUUCAUCACUCUGGUCUUCACGGCGGUGCUUUACCUGCACAUGUUCAUCCUCGCGCAUUUGCUCUCCAGGCGCGUCAUGGCUUUCCACAAGAGUCGCCGUCAAGCCACGAGUAUGAAGGGCGCGAUCACGCUGACCAUCUUGCUGGGGGUCUUCAUCAUUUGCUGGGGUCCCUUUUUUCUUCAUCUGAUCUUGAUACUGACGUGUCCCAAAAACCCUCACUGCAAGUGUUUCUUCAGCCAUUUCAACCUCUUCCUGAUUCUCAUCAUUUGCAACUCUCUCAUAGAUCCACUGAUUUACGCAUACCGUAGCCAAGAGCUGCGUAAAACGUUGAAGGAACUCAUCUUAUGUUCCUGGUGUUUUGUGAUGUAG